UCCUGCUCUGGCGGAGAGAUUAUUAUAAGGCAACGGAAUGACUGAUGAUGCUGCUGCUGCUCGGAUCAAACGUCAAAACCUGAUGCAUCAGUAAGAAGUGCGAUCAAGAAACACCUUCUGCUUCUGAAUCCGUUUUCUUCUCGAGAUCAGACGCUUUAUCCUGCUGACCGAACCAGCUCACACCAUCAACGGCUGUCACAAAUAGCUUUAUGAUGUGUGCAUGUGUGUUUACAUCAAUGCAUAUUCAUAAUGUAUGUGUUUGCUAUUGUUUUAAAUGCACUGUGGAUUGUAUAUAGGUGAUACUGUAAUUCUGCACAAAUACAGGUCUGAUAAAGCCUGCUGAGUUAAAGAGGCCUUGAGGCAUGAUAAGUGAAACGUGAUAGAAGGAUAGCAGGAGAAUGAGACUACGGUUUGUAGAUAAACAAUGGCAGCAGGGCCAGCGGAUGGUGAUCUAUGGGGCAGUCUUUCUCAUUAUGACCCUCCUCAUCCUCUACAGCUCCAACAGCUCAAACGAACUUUACAGCCCCUUUAAAGUGAACAGCUUCCACCACACCGUCAAACACACUAACCUUAAGAAAUGGGCUGGGAAGGAGGGAUACAUACCUGUUUAUGGCAACAAGAGUAUGACCCUACACUGUCACUGGUGUGCUUUGGUGACGAGCUCCAGUCACGUAUUGGGGACUCACGCAGGAGAGGAGAUCGACCGUACUGAGUGUGUCAUCCGAAUGAACGAUGCUCCAACAUCUGGAUACGAAUCAGACGUGGGGAACCGGACCAGUGUGCGCAUCGUGGCUCAUUCCAGUGUGUUCCGGGUCAUUCGGAAACCUGCAGAGUUCCUCAAUCGCUCAGAGAGCCCUGCUGUCAUAUUCUGGGGCCCGUCGUCAAAGAUCGGACGAGAAGCGAAGGGAACUCUGUACCGGCUCAUCCAGCGAGUCAGUAUGACCUACAGUAACCUCUCGUUCUUCAUCAUCUCCCCCAGCAAAAUGCUAAAGUUUGACACGCUCUUUCAGAAAGAGACCGGCCGGGACAGAAAAAAGUCGCAGUCCUGGUUAAGCACAGGCUGGUUCACCAUGGUGAUCGCCAUUGAGAUGUGUGACAACAUAAAGGUUUAUGGAAUGGUGCCGCCCAAUCACUGUGGGAAGCGUCCACAGCCCAAACGGAUGCCCUAUCACUAUUACAAACCAAGGGGUCCGGAUGAGUGUGUAAUGUACCUGCAGAACGAGAGGGGGCGCCGUGGAUCACAUCAUCGCUUCAUAACAGAGAAACAGGUGUUCGCUCGCUGGGCUAAAAAGUACAACAUCACUUACACCAACCCAACGUGGUGAGCAACACAUCCAACAUUGACACCAGUUUCACAAACCAAGGCUAGUGAGACAACAAUCCAGUUUAUCUUCUAGUUUCACAUAUCCAGCCUUGUGAGUUGGAUCCAACAUGGCGGCUUAUUGUUGACCCCCACCCCCCCCAAUCCAAAGUGGAUGCAGUUUCACACGCAUGUCCUGUUUUAAACUGCUGCUCAGAAACUGGUCCAGUAUGGCGGCUGGUUUCUCUCUCGUCUGGAUAAGAAACUGAGCCAAAAUGGAGGCCAAGAAUGGAUUAAUGGACCAUGUUGCACAAUGUUUUCCUUUAGAAUUCUUGAGAAAACAGGUACGAAAAGACGACAUAUAUCAAAGUUUUGUCUUCAGAAGCAUGGCAUUUCCAAAAACAUCUACAUAUUACUGCCAUUAGAAAUUUUCACUCAUAUUUAAUAAUUUAAUAGAGAAUGAAGGCCUUUUUAGAACGACAAAGAGAGAGAAAAUAAUUUUGGUCUCAGUUGCCAAAUGGUAGAUUCAUUUACAUCUUGUGGUACAAUCAACACACAUGAAUGUUAGUCAUUGAGCAGCAGCAGACUUCAGACAAUAAAAAUGGAAAUUUGAAGAAUUUUACAAUAUUAAUGACAUAUAAUGAAUAUAAUGUUUUAUUUUGUAAAUAAGGACGAUGUAAAUUGUUGUUCAAAAAAGUAUUUUUACAUGUUUAUAUGGUGUUAAAAUGUCCUAAACAAGAAAACAUUGCAAAAUAACACACAUUUUUAAAUCACAAGGGAAAGGGUCAUUUUAAAUCAUCAUUUUCAGAUAUACAGCUCCUUGUGUACUUUUGGGGUGCCAUGAAAAUGUCAUUUCAGUAUUGUAUACCUUUGCUCAGACCUUUAUGAAUUCCUUUAUAAAGUCCGAUCAAAUUUCCACUAAAGUUCUAGAACAUUGUAUAAUUCCAUAUAAUUCAAUUCACCAACAAGCCUAAAAAUGUACUAUAUUCAUACACACAUACAUUCAUAACUAUGACAAACAAACUGUCGCCAAAUUUAUAAGUGAUGAGGCCUUUAGAUUUAUUAUUAUCAUUUUUACCAGGCAGUUUUCAUGUUGAUACGUUUUACAACUUGAAUUCUGUGGCUACAGCUGUUAGUACACACACACACACACACACACACACACACACACACACACACACUUAAAGGAAUAUUCCUGGUUUAAUACAAGUUAAGCUCAAUCGACAGCAUUUGAAACCCUCCAAAAUUUGGCACCAUUCAUUUCCAUUGUAAGUGCCUCACUGUAACCUUGAUUUUUGCUCUUUUUUUGUUUUUUUUAAAGAAAAGGAGGGACAAGUCGAAAUAAAUUGUUGUGGUAAUCAACAUUAUGCCACAAAUGCUGUCGAUUGAGCUUAACUUGUGUUGAACCCGGAAUAUUCCUUUAAAUAUCACGCUAUGACUUGCUUUUUUUAAAUAAGUGUUUUAAUAUAACUAUCGGAAAUGCAGUGCUCUGAUUGGACGACGCUGUUUAUGGAACUGUGCUUUUAUUGGAGAACUCAAGUUGUCGUUGGUAACGGUUUGGGUAGUGGUAGUCAAGGUAACCUCCUUGUUUUGCCUUUGAUUUGAAGACCCAUAUAUCCAGUGGUAGUCCUACUCGAAGAGCUGAUUUGGGAUCAGCAAUAGUGUAUGGAUAAACACAACAGAAUCACGCGGGUUAUCCUGACCAACCGCCGGGUGGCGCCAUGAUGAUUUUAAUCACCGCUGGACUGUUUUCUGGUCUCCAUAAUAGCAAUGUAAAAACUACCGGAACAAGUGAUCCACACAGAGAACAACAACCAUUUUAAAUGUUAGUUGUAGUAAAAACAAGUUCAGGCAAAACUUGACGUUGUUGCUGUCGUUGUUAACGUAACUUACCUCAGCCCAUCGCUUCAUGUCAUCAACCAACUCUUUAAACUUGGACGGGUGAGAUACUGUCAAAACACGAUCAUUGCGAUUGUGUAAAGUAUUAUGGAGCCACGUUUUUUUUCUUUGGAAAGUUUUACAAAUUUAAUACACUAAACAUCACAUUAUUUACAUUUACAUGUUUUCAUUUGGCAGAUGCUUUUAUCCAAAGCGACUUACAAAAGAGGAAUAUAUUAUAAGCGAAUCAUCUUAAGGAGACAGUGGUACGAAAAGUGCUGAAAAGAGCUUCACGGAUGGAGUUGGGAAGGUCGUUCCACCAACAUGGUACGAUGAAGCCUAAAGUCCGGGAAAGUGUUUUGGUGCCUCUUUGUGUUGGUACAACAAGGCGACGUUCCUUAGCCGACCGCAGUCUUCUAGUGGGUGCAUAGCUCUGCAGAAAUGAUUUUAGGUAUGCUGGAGCAGACCCAGUGACUGUUCUGUAUGCCAGCAUCAGAGCCUUGAAUUUGAUACGUGCAUCAACCGGCAGCCAGUGAAGAGAGACAAGGAGUGCUGUAAUAUGAGCUCUCUUUGGUUCAUUAAAGACCAGAUGUGCUGCUGCAUUCUGGAUCAUUUGCAGGGGUCUAAUUGUGCAUGCAGGGAGGCCUGCAAUGAGAGCGUUACAGUAGUCCGGUCUAGUUAUGACAAGUGACUGAACAAGAAGUUGUGUGGCAUGUUCAGAGAGGAAGGAUCUUAUCUGCCUGAUAUUGUAGAGUGUAAAUCUACAUGAUCGUGCAUUAUCCACUAAAAACGAGGGAUGCGACUGAAAACACUGGAGAUCGGAAAACAAAAUUAGGCUUGCAUUAUGAGUUGUGCAACACUUCCACGUUCUGAAGAAAAGUAGAUAGUUCACAGUGAAUUCUACAUCAGCCACUAACUGUGAAUUUGAUACACUUGAAAAUCGUCCCAUACAAAAAUACGACAACACAAGAAAACCCUGUUUACGUUAGAUUUACGUUAUUCUCUGCUUUCAAUAUCAAAACGUAAACAGUCACAAAAAUUUCGCACAUUGGAUAAACCAAUGAGAACGUUGGUAAAGGUGUUUACAUGCAGUCCAAAAUCGGGGUGAUAGACCUUAUUCAAGCUAGCGCCAUCUUUGAUUUUUUUAUGGGAAUGACAACGAGGCUGUGAGGGAUUCAAAACGGUAAUUGAUCUCAAUUCAGCUAGCUCAGAUGACAGCAUUUGUGGCAUAAUGUUGAUUACCACAAAAAUAAUUUCAACUUGUCCCAAAAAAAUAUAAGUAAUAAUCUGGGUUACAGUGAGGUACUUAUAAUGGAAGUCAAUGGGGCCAACCUGUAAACGUUACACACGUCCAUUGACGUGACACAAGGCAACGGUUUGAGGCUUUCUACACUGGACGUGUCAACACGAACGUUCUAAACCGUUUAAUUUGUGUAGUAGCACCAGCACCUGCUGCGCAAAAUGGAACGGAUCACACGUUUAUUGUCGGCGCGUCCAACGGACGCUUCCAAUGUAGACAGCAUCAUUGAUUAUAAUGAUAUUAAGAGUCCAGAAUUUUAUCUGUGAGGUUUUAGAUACUCAGAUUUCAUUCUGCCCCAGACUAUGUAUAUUGGGUGUUGGGACGGUUAUUAAAGUAGGUGACAAACAUACAAAAAGCUGGGUCCAAACUAGUGUAAUGAUUGGCAGACAGAUCAUUCUUAGAGGACGGAAGUCAAAUGGCGCUCCCUGAUUUCAAGAAUGGUUCACCGAUUUGGGCAGGGUGGCGGCAUUAGAAAAGAUGUCAUACAAAGAGCUUUGCAAAAUAGAUGCAUAUGGUAAGAAAUGGGACAAAUACAUGAUCCUUCUGGAAGGCUCUCGGUGAGGGCCAUGUGGAGAGAAACCCUUUUUUCUCUCUCUCUCUCUUUGUGUUUAGAUGUGUAUAUUCAGGCUUGGACCACGGGAAUGUUUGUUGGGGGUUGGGGAUUGGGAUAGGGAAUUAAGGGGGAUAAUGGUUGACUCUGUGCAUGUAUAUUUUGCUUUGUUCUGUGUUGUGUUUGACAAUCAACCAAUAACAAUGUAAAUAUGAAAAAAAGAAAUUAAAAUAAAAAAAUUGGCCACACUCACUUCCGUUAUAAGUGACUCACUGUAA